GACUUUGCAUGGCAAUACGUCCAAAAACCAAAAAAAGUCCAAGCAUUUGAUUCCCAUGGCCGGCUCUCUUAGCUUCUGAUUCCGGCAAUUUGGCACCAUUCAAAAUGUUAUCACGUCAACCUUUAUAUUCAUUCCUCUUCCUAAUCGAGAUACCGUUUCGUUUCCCCAUUCCAACAAUGGAGACCAUUCCAUUCCUUUACCUAUCUUUACUACUACUACUAACCGUCAUCUCAACUGUCUCAGAAGCUUCAUCCUCUCCAUCACUGUGCGUUUCCGAUUCCGGACCCGUAAGGCCCACAACCCCUUUACUCAACUUUCUACAGAGACUCCAGGAAACCGCAUUCCUCACCUUCGGAAAGACCAAAUUCGACCCAAAGCUCUACGUCGACUUGCCGUUGAAGUACAAUCUGUCCGAUUCCGAAGAGGGUUUUGAUAAGCUCGUUAGGUACUCAAAUGGGUCUGUUUCUGUUAAGGAUUUGAGGAAGUAUGUAGAGAAUUACUUUGAGGGUCCAGGGGAGGAUUUGGUGUAUAGGGAGCCAGAGGAUUUUGCCCCAAAGCCAAAGGGUUUUCUUCCAAAGGUGAAGAAUGAAGAAGUGAGGAGUUGGGCAUUGAAAGUUCAUUCCCUUUGGAAGAAUCUGAGUCGACAAGUUUCAGAUGAGGUGAGUAAGCAGCCCGAGUUGCAUACUCUGAUUCCUCUCCCUAACCCGGUAAUCAUUCCCGGGUCACGGUUUAGAGAGGUCUAUUAUUGGGAUUCUUAUUGGGUAAUCAGGGGAUUACUAGCAAGUAAAAUGUAUGAUACAGCAAAAGCAAUUGUGAAUAAUCUCAUUUCACUUCUAGAACAAUAUGGUCAUGUUCUUAAUGGUGCAAGGGCAUAUUACACUAAUAGAAGUCAGCCUCCUCUCCUCAGUGCAAUGGUCAGUGAAAUAUACAAGAGGACUGGAAGUUUGGAAUUUGCUAAAAAAUCUCUCCCUGCACUGAUCAAAGAACACAAGUUCUGGACUUCAGGGAUACAUAAAGUGACCAUUCAGGAUGUUGAAGCUCAUAAUCAUACUCUAACUCGAUAUUAUGCAAUGUGGAAUAAACCAAGACCUGAAUCUUCCACCCUUGACAAGGAACUUGCUUCCAAUAUCUCAUCUUUUACUGAGAAACAGAAGUUUUACCGUGAGGUCGCAUCAACUGCUGAGUCGGGAUGGGAUUUCAGUACAAGAUGGAUGAGGCACCAUGUCGAUUUUACAACAUUGGCAACAACAUCGAUCUUACCAGUUGAUUUAAAUGCAUUCGUACUUGGGAUGGAACUCGACAUUUCCUUCUUGGCAAAGGUUACAGGAGAUUACACCAUCUCUAAGCGCUUCUUGAAAGCUUCUCGAGUUAGAAAGAAGGCAAUAGAAUCUGUUUUCUGGAAUACAAAGACAGGACAAUGGCAUGACUAUUGGCUCAGCAAUAGCAAAUGCAAGGUAAGUCAAACAUGGAAAGCUAGGAACCAGAAUCAGAAAGUAUUUGCUUCAAAUUUCAUUCCUUUAUGGAUCGAGUCGUUCCACUCAGAUGCUCUACUGGUGGAUAAAGUCAUGAGAAGUCUUCAAAAAUCAGGUCUUGUUCAUUCUGCUGGUAUUGCUACAUCUCUCACAAAUUCAGGACAACAGUGGGAUUUUCCAAAUGGCUGGGCUCCAAUCCAACAUAUGAUUAUUGAAGGUUUGGCAAGGUCUGGAUUGAAAGAAGCAAGGUCAAUGGCAACUGAUAUUGCAGUGAGUUGGGUCAGAACCAAUUAUGUCACCUUCAAGAAGACAAAAACCAUGCAUGAAAAAUACAAUGUGGAGAAGUGUGGAUUUUUUGGAGGUGGUGGUGAAUAUGUGCCUCAGACUGGUUUUGGGUGGUCAAAUGGAGUAGCAUUGGCAUUGUUGGAAGAGUUUGGAUGGCCUGAAGACCUAAGCAUUGACUGCUGAUUUGCUUAGGAAUAUUUUACACUUUGCCUAAUUAAUUAGCAACUUAAAAAGAGAAAAGCUCACAUGAUGAUCACUUGUAAUAAAUAAAUAAAUAAAUAAUGAUGAAUAAUAUUUGGAAAAAAAACAAAAACCAAAAAACAUGCCCUUCUUGAUUAA